GCUUCGAACACCGUCGAUUUCGGUCCCCGCCGGCUCUGUGAAUAACGCGUUUGUCACAACGACGCGCACGCUCAGGUAAAGGGGGGAAAAAACUGACGUUUCGUUUUAACUGCAUAGGCGCAGUUAGGUUGUGGAGGUGUAUAGUCAACCAGGAGAAGCGAUACGAACUGCUGAUAAGCUUCUCGUAAGCAGACGGUUCUUCAAACACUAUACGGAACUGCUGUUCGUGCAGGUUUACCCAUUGGAGCUUUACGGCUCCUCGCACGUUUCACAACUUUUUGGAUAAUCGUACCUGUCCUAUAGCUUGUGCCGCACUGUGUCUUCAAAAAAAGGAAAGGAUCGACGAAGUGUCAGCCACUCGCCAUAAACGUGGGAUCUCGCCUCCUUUUCUUGGGACGCCCAAGUCAGCGAUUGCUGGGACGCUCGCACCGUGGUUCCCGGCCUCGUCGAAGAGCACAUCGGGAUGUAGAAGCUGAGCUCAAUCUGCGAAUCCGAUCUCCUCAUUUCCGUCCAAGCUAUCGUUUCUGUUGAUUCUUCUCCAAUCGGUGUCCGUUCGGUCAAAGGCAGACCGUUCAGUGUGCCGCGCCUAUAGCAGUUCCGGCUAAAGCGCCUGCGUGUGUCCUCAAAAAGGCAAGAGGGCGUCAAGUAGAAGGCAUGCCUCGGGGGAAGAUGGAGACCGGUAACGGCGGCCACGGCAAACACCACCGGAAGCGUGACCGGCUGAGUCCCGUGGGUGGCUCGUACGAGCGGCGCAACAGCGACAUCGAACUGGACAAGGUGACCGGUCCUCCCGAGGCCUUCUUCCACCAGGCGAGGCAGUCGCGGCGCGCCUCGGUAAUGGCCGAGCUGGUCAUAAAGCACCUCGAGGACCAGGACCAGGAGGACAAAAAAAGCUCAGGUGUGGUGGCUGCCACCAGUGUUCUUCACCAAAGGGCGAACGAAAUACGGCAACAAAGGGUCAAUUGGCAGUCCUACCUCCAGAGCCAGAUGAUCACACAAGAAGACUACAACUUCAUUGUUGCCCUUGACCAGUCGACACCAGAAAGCAGGGCUAACCUGCUCAAGCAGCAGCGUCUGCAGUCAGCAAAGACCUUCUUCAACAUGCUGGGGCACAUUUCGAGAGACCAGACCAUCCAGUACAUCCUCAUCAUGAUAGACGAGAUGCUUCAGGAAGACAAGUCACGAGUGGAGAUUUUCAAGGAGUAUGCCCGCAAGAAAAAGGAGCCGGUCUGGACUCAGUUUUUGACCUUGCUGAAUCGACCAGAUGGCUUCAUCGUGAAUAUGACAAGUCGCAUCAUUGCCAAGAUUGCUUGCUGGAGCCGUGAGCUGAUGGAGGGCUCCGACUUGCAGCAUUACCUCACCUGGCUCAAAGACCAGCUUCGCAUGCCGAACAAUGACUACAUCCAGUCCGUGGCUCGGUGUAUGCAGAUGAUGCUGCGGAUCAAUGAGUACAAGCUAGCUUUCGUUGCCAUUGAUGGCAUUUCAACCAUUGUGACGGUGCUGGCGGGUCGUGUGAACUUCCAAAUUCAGUACCAGCUUACCUUCUGCCUCUGGGUCCUCACCUUCAAUGUUGACUUGGCCAAGCGGAUGAGCAAGUACAACAUCAUACCAAUCCUGGCUGACAUUCUCAGUGAAUCGGGAAAGGAGAAAGUGGCACGGAUUAUCCUGGCAACAUUCAGGAACCUGAUCGAGAAGCCUGACGAGAACGAGAUCCGGCGGGACAAUGCCAUCGCCAUGGUGCAGUGCAAGGUGUCGAGGCAGCUUGAGAUAUUGCAGGGCAAGAAGUAUGCCGAUCCCGACAUUGUGGAGGACAUUGAGUACCUGGAGGAGAAGCUUAACACCAGCGUUCAGGACAUGAGUUCCUUUGACGAGUAUGCCACAGAGAUCAAGUCUGGUCGUUUAGAGUGGGGACCUGUGCACAGCUCAGAGAAGUUCUGGCGGGAGAAUGCAGACAAGCUCAACGAGAAGAACUAUGAGCUGCUGAAGAUCUUGGUGCGCCUGUUGGAGACAAGCAGGGACCCUCUUGUUCUGAGUGUCGCUGCCCAUGACGUUGGAGAGUACGUCCGGUACUAUCCACGAGGAAAACAUGUUAUUGAGAAACUGGGCGGCAAGCAUCUUGUGAUGCAACUGCUAGGCCACGAGGACCCCAAUGUGCGGUAUGAGGCUUUGCUCUGCGUCCAGAAGAUCAUGGUGCACAACUGGGAGUACCUUGGAAAACAACUGGAGAAGGAAACUAGCACCUCACGUCCAGCACAAGGCCCAACCAGAUCAUAACUCAUCUGGACAUGUUACUGUGCUUUUUAAGCCUCAGGAGGGGAUGUGUAAUAAACCUGUGUAUUUAUUUA